UCAGGAAAAGGGGUGAUUUUGGUGUAAAUCUAGACUGUAACUAUAUCAUUGGACCUCGUAAACCCGACACUAAAAGCUCUUGUCCUAUAAAUCAUUUCUCAAAUUAUGAGUUCAUUGUAUUAUGCGAACGCAUUGUUUUCCAAAUAUCAGGUGGCGAGUUCAGCCUUCUCUACUGGCGCAUUUCCCGAGCAAACUUCUUGCGCCUUUGCGACCAGUUCCCAGCGGGCCAGCGGCUACAGCUCGGCUUCCACCGGUGCAUCGGUCUCCUCAUCUUCCUCCCUGUCGACCAUGUAUACUAACGGUGUUAGUCUUUCCAGCCAGAGCCAAGGCAUGUACCCCUCCACAUAUGAACUGGGUGUCGUCUCUUUGAACAUGCACAGCUCUCUGUUUGAUCAACCGAGUCUGCCCAUGGUGUGCACUGGCGAUCUCUCUAAAGCGCAAAGCAGUGGUAAGGCAGAGCAGAGAGGCUACAAUCAAAACAACGACGACAACCUCCGGAUCUAUCCAUGGAUGAGAAGUACAGGUGUGGACCGGAAGAGAGGUCGCCAGACAUAUUCGCGCUAUCAAACACUAGAAUUGGAGAAAGAGUUCCACUUCAACCGUUACCUUUCACGAAGACGGCGUAUCGAGAUUGCACACACCCUUUGCUUGACCGAACGCCAGAUCAAAAUCUGGUUUCAAAACAGAAGAAUGAAAUGGAAGAAAGAGAACAAAUCUGCGGCCCCCUGCUCUCCUGCUGCUGACCAAAUCGGGGGCGACGAAGAAGAGGAAGAUGAGUAGCGACGAGCAAGAGAGAAGACCAAAAAAAAAAAAAAAAAAAAAAAAAAGAUAGUGCUAAAUAGUGCUAAAAAAUAGACUGUGCUAUAAAAUUGGAAGAACAAUUCGACCUGCUUUAAAGGAAUAUUCCGGGUUCAGUACAAGUUAAAUUAAAUCGACAGCAUUUGUGGCAUAACGCUGAUUACCACAAAAAUUAAUUUGACUUGCCCCUCCUUUUCUUUAAAGAAAAAAAAAAAAAAAAAAAAGAAAAAAAUAUCUGGGUUAGAGUAAGGUACUUACAAUGGAAGUGAAUGAGGGCCAGUUUAUGAAUAUUAAAAUACUCACUUUUUCAAAAGUAUAGACACAAGACAUAAACAAUAUGCGUAUUAACAUGAUUUUAUUUACUAACCUAUUCUGUGUAAAAUUAUAGCCAAUUUUACCAUGACGAUGUAAGGUAAACCCUUAAACUCUAAAAUGACUAUUUAAACUUUACAGCUUAAAUACUACAUGAGUUUUAACAGAAGAAUUAAUGUAAGUGCUUUAAAAAAAUUAUAAGCUUCAAAUUUCUGUCUUUAAAUCCUCCAAAAAUGGGCCACAUUCAUUUCCAUUGUAAGUGCCUCACUGUAACCCAGAUUUUUGCAUUUUGUUUUGUUUUGUUUUGUUAAAAAGGAGGGACGAGUCGAAAUAAUGUUUUUGUGAUAAUCAACAUUAUGCCACAAAUGCUGUCGAUUGAGCUUAACUUGUAUUGAAGCAGGAAUAUUCCUUUAAUUCAUGACGAAAAAAAGAUGCUACCUACCACUACAAAGUUAAUGUAGAAAAAGUGUUAAGAUCUCGUCUGUAACUUGUAUUGAACUUGUAUUAAUGUUAGAGACUAGUAAAAUGAAAUAUUGUCAAUCUAUUGAAAACAUGUAUUUGUGGCUUAUUUCUUUCGUUCCUUUUACAGUGGGGUCAAACACAGAAGGGAGAAAGUACAACCAUUUUUGUAUAUACAUAUAUAUUUUUUUAAAGUUAAGAUUUUGACACCGCUGUCCUGUAUGUAUAUGUAGAAUAUUGUCUUGUGAUUUUCUUCCUGUUCAUAUUUCGCACAAGUAUUAAAAAUAAACGAAGUGAAGUGUACAGUGAACAGUGAAGAUGUAG